UGUACGACGGACAUGAUCACAACGUGGCUGAAGCAAUGGCGAAUAAAAGGAGCCAUACUUAAUAGUUUGAAUCUUUCACUUUGUCCGGAUUUGUAGCCGUGAUAGCAUCGAUUUUGUGUUCGGUUAAUCUUCUUUAAAAUUUUGUGGAAUUAAUUAAAAUAAAAUGGGGAAAGAGAAGAUUCAUAUUAAUAUUGUCGUUAUUGGUCAUGUCGACUCUGGUAAAUCAACUACUACUGGACAUUUGAUCUAUAAAUGUGGUGGUAUUGAUAAACGUACAAUUGAAAAAUUCGAGAAAGAAGCCCAAGAAAUGGGUAAAGGUUCUUUCAAAUAUGCUUGGGUUUUAGAUAAACUAAAGGCCGAACGUGAACGUGGUAUCACAAUUGAUAUUGCUUUAUGGAAAUUCGAAACUGCCAAGUAUUAUGUUACUAUCAUUGAUGCUCCAGGUCAUCGUGAUUUCAUUAAAAACAUGAUUACUGGUACAUCACAAGCUGAUUGUGCUGUGUUGAUUGUAGCUGCUGGUACCGGUGAAUUCGAAGCUGGUAUUUCAAAGAACGGUCAAACACGUGAGCAUGCUUUACUCGCUUUCACUCUUGGAGUAAAACAAUUAAUUGUUGGUGUUAAUAAAAUGGAUUCAUCUGAACCACCAUAUAGCGAAUCCCGUUAUGAAGAAAUUAAAAAGGAAGUAUCAUCAUACAUUAAAAAAAUUGGUUAUAAUCCAGCAGCUGUUGCUUUUGUUCCAAUUUCUGGUUGGCAUGGCGAUAACAUGUUAGAACCAUCUACUAACAUGCCUUGGUUCAAAGGAUGGAAAAUUGAACGUAAAGAAGGAAAUUCUGAAGGUAAAACUUUAAUUGACGCUCUUGAUGCCAUUUUGCCACCAAGUCGUCCAACAGAAAAACCUCUUCGUCUUCCAUUACAAGAUGUUUACAAAAUUGGUGGUAUUGGAACAGUACCAGUUGGUCGUGUUGAAACUGGAAUCUUGAAACCAGGAAUGGUUGUAACUUUUGCUCCAGCAAAUAUUACUACUGAAGUAAAAUCCGUUGAAAUGCAUCAUGAAGCUUUACAGGAAGCUUUACCUGGAGAUAACGUUGGUUUCAACGUUAAAAACGUGUCAGUUAAAGAAUUGCGUCGUGGUUAUGUUGCUGGUGAUUCGAAAAAUAAUCCACCAAAAGGAGCUGCCGAUUUUACAGCUCAAGUUAUUGUGUUAAAUCAUCCUGGUCAAAUUUCGAACGGUUAUACUCCAGUUUUGGAUUGUCAUACAGCUCAUAUUGCUUGCAAAUUCGCAGAAAUUAAAGAAAAAGUUGAUAGACGUUCAGGCAAAACAACUGAAGAAUCUCCUAAAGCUAUCAAAUCAGGAGAUGCAGCAAUUGUAAUUUUGGUUCCAACUAAACCAUUAUGUGUUGAAUCAUUUUCAGAAUUUCCACCAUUAGGACGUUUUGCAGUUCGUGACAUGAGACAAACGGUUGCUGUUGGUGUAAUAAAAUCUGUCAACUUUAAAGAUCCAUCAAGCGGCAAAGUUACUAAAGCCGCUGAAAAAGCAACCAAGGGAAAGAAAUAGCUGGAGCUAUUACAACACUAUUAUUAUAAUAACUCCAAAACUUAUUUAGAAUUUGAAAAGAAAUGCUUCCAUCGUAAAGAGUUUCGGAGGAAAGGAUAAUUUUUAAAUAUUCUUAUAUAUUUUUAUUAAUAUUAAUAUAAAAUUAAUAGAUGUAUGUAUGUAUUCGAAAAGUUAUUUACAUGAAAAAAAUCAAAAUGAGAUAUUGCACAAUUUUGUAAUUUUACCAUAAUAAAGUGACUUGGAAGCUUAAUUUAUAAAA